CAGGUGACGCAUUUAUCAAUUUCGUUUUAUGUCAAAAAGUACCUACAGACAAAGAGUGACUAUUAUUUUUAUUUUUCGUACUAAUUGUGUAAAUUUUCGUGCAAAAUGUCUUCAAGAAAAAAGGUUCUUUUAAAAGUUAUCAUCCUAGGCGACAGUGGCGUUGGUAAAACAUCAUUGAUGAAUCAGUUUGUCAAUAAAAAAUUUUCCAACCAGUACAAGGCGACAAUAGGCGCUGAUUUUCUCACGAAAGAGGUAAUUGUCGAUGACCGUAUCGUCACAAUGCAGAUCUGGGACACAGCAGGACAAGAGCGAUUCCAAUCACUAGGGGUGGCGUUUUAUCGUGGGGCGGAUUGUUGCGUCUUAGUUUUUGACGUAACUGCCCCCAACACGUUUAAGUCCUUGGAGAGUUGGAGAGACGAAUUUUUGAUACAAGCAUCUCCACGCGAUCCGGAAAACUUUCCAUUUGUUAUACUAGGUAAUAAAGUUGAUUUGGAUAAUCGUGCUGUAUCUGCCAAACGAGCCCAGCAAUGGUGUCAAAGUAAAAAUGAUAUCCCUUAUUUCGAAACAAGUGCCAAAGAAGCUGUGAAUGUCGAACUUGCGUUUCAGACAAUAGCACGCAAUGCGUUGGCGCAAGAGACAGAAGCAGAGCUGUACAAUGAGUUCCCUGAUCAAAUCAAGCUGAAUGCUAAUGAUAAUGGUCGCAACAGGGAUGGAGAUAACUGUGCUUGCUAAGUCCCAUACUACUUUUCAACAUUGGCAAUAUACUAGUGUCUCCUUAUUUUAUAUAAAAUUUAUUACAAUAGAGUGUAAUUUUAAUUUAUAAGUAAUAGUUACUCUGAUAUUUUAUAUGUAAAAAAUGUAUAGGUGUGAUAGAUCUUUCACUUUUAUUUCGGGAAUUUAUAUAAUAUAAAUGUGCAGCUGUAUAACUCAGCACUUAUUAAAAUUUAAAAAUAAAUUGGCUUUUAUCACAUUGUCAAAUUGGUCUAGGUAAUUCUUAUUAUUUUAUUGAAGUACAACUGAAAUUGUUUAAUAUAAACUAAAUAUGAAAUAUAUUUAAAAAAUAUACAUCCAUAGUCAUUAAUAAAAUGGUAUAGUAACCAAAAUUAAAUUAAUUGUGAUAAUAUUUUACUCAAAAAUAGUGGUGACAGAGAAGUAAAAAAAGUUCAUGUUAAAUUUUGUUUUAAGUAGGAAUUUAUAAAAAGUUUUGUAUUUCAAAAGAGAAUAGAUUAAAAGACAAAUACAUCUGUUAAGAUAUUAGUAGUUGAGGAAAAGUGCAAACAAUAAAGUUUAUAUUUGGUACAUUGAAUAUAGUAAAUUGUUAAACACACUUUAUUGAAAAUUAAACAUUGUAUUGAGUUCAUGUUGAAACUUUUACGUGGAUAUAUAAGGAUCUUUUGAAUAUAAAAUUGUGUUUACUGUUUUAUCUUGUUUUGUAGUUUUAUGAAGUUAAAUCAAUCUUUUGUUAAGUAACAGAAUUAACAUUGGAUGUAAGUUAAUGUAGUCUGUUUUGAAAUUUAUUGGUAUUCCAUCAUUUAAAAGAACAGUUUCAUUCCAAACCAAUGUACACACAAAAUUUAAAUGAAAGGAAAUUAAAGAGAUAUAAGAUUUCUUUUAGUUAGAAGAUUUCUUUCAAUUAUAUUUUACAGAUUUGUUUUUUUUAUAAAAAAAAUGUAACAGUCUUUAUUUUAUCUAUGCUUUUACUGUAGUAAAUAGUAUAAUAUGUCAUUAUAAUAAUAACUGUCACUCCUUUUCCUUUAUUUGCCUAUUAUGAUGAUGAUGGCCUUACUUACAAAUGGUGCUUAGAGUCUGUUUAGUUAUAUACUGAUUAAUCUCUUUCUGUCAUUAUUGAUUUGAUAUUCAAAUGAAAAAGACUUAAGAAGUAUUACUUAACUAAACAUCUGCUAAACAACACUUAUAAGUAAGGCCUCUUUUAUCUUUUAAUUAGUGUUAUUAGAGAACAUGUUAUUAGUUACAUUUUCAAGCAUUUAAAGAUUUAAUUGCUAUCAUCAAAAUUUAAAAUGGAAUUUGUUUCAAAUAAAAUUCUUUUUCACUUAAUAUAUAUACCUGUUUUGUUUUUAAGUUAGUAAAUGAACAAAGUUAACAGUUGUUUCAUUAUUACACAUUCAUUAAAUAUUUCUGUAUAUAUUUGAAUAUUAUAUUGAUAGAUAUAAGUAGUUAAUGGUAAAUAAUAUCAUGUUUACAGAUAAUAAGUUACUCAGCAUUUUGUAAUACACUCAUUAUUUUAAUGAAAUUGCUAUACUUCAUAGUAAAUAUUGUUACUGGAAUGGUUUUCUUUAUCAUAAAAUUAUAGUAAGGACAUGCAUAUAAUACAGCACCAAUCGUCCAUGCAAUUAUUUAGUCAUAAGAUAAUGUGUCUUGAUAAAAUAUUACUCUUAAUAAUUUGAAUCAUUACAAUAGCUUCAAAAAGCUCUCCUCCAUACGGAGGGCUAUGAUUGUGUUUCUUACCUUGAGGUAGUUAUAUCGUUAUAUAUCUUUAUGCUCAGAAUAAACUGAUAAAAACAGCUAUGGCAGAGCUUAUGACUAAAAUAACGAGUGUUGUAGAUCUGCUUUAUGAGGUUGCCUUCUCAUGGCCUAUCAUUGAAAUAAAAUAUGCCAUUUAAAUAUUAAGUUGUGAAGACAUGGGUGUGUCACAGACUUUGCCUUUUAGUAUACAUGCAAUUGAAUUUCGAAUGUUUGUAUUAAUUCCCCUGCUACUUGUUUUUUGGGGAAUCUUAUUGGAUUUUAAUAAACAAUAACUUAAAUUAUAAGAUAUAGUUUAAAGGUAAAGAAAUACGACAUACGCUGUAAUUGGUUGCUUUUAAUUUUAUAUGAAUAAAUAAAAAUCCACAUCA